AUGGAGGCUCUAACUUCGUCUCUCCUCUCCACGCCGCCUCCUACGCAUCGGAAUAAGCCAUCUAUCGCUAAGCUCAAUCGCUCGUCCGCAUUGCCAGGGUCCCUUCCCCACGGACCCCGUCCCACAUUUCCACCGUCCCUCAAAUCGCCUUCGCCACUAGCCGGCGGUCCCAAAUGCUGGUCGCGAGUACCCGCGCUUCCGCAAGGCUCCGCCGAUGACGCGCGCGCGGCAGAGCGGAGUUACGAUGAGGUGGAAGAGGCGAUUCGGCGAAUUUCCGACGAGCAGGAUCAGCUGAGGGCCCGCGUGGUAGAAGCGUCGGAAGCAGCGUGCAAUGCGGACGUCGAUGUAGUCCGGCCGGUGCUAGGAUCAGCGUCUUCGCAACCGCCGCAGGCGGAGGCGCCGUCCGCGAUGGACGUGCGAUCAGCGGGCGCGAGCUGGAGCUCCUUCCCGUCACCAGAACCCAAUUCUACCUCGUCCGCAUCCCGCCGGAGUCGAGGCCGGGUGCGCGCACCUCCGUCCGCCAGUCAGGCCCCCCGCCUCCUCGGCGCGCCCACCGCGCCGUCCGCGGCGGCGAGACCGGGUCCCGCGCCAGCCCAAGGCGCGGCGCCGUCUCUUUCCGCAACGCUGCUGUCACUGUCGCGGCUGUCGCGCGCGGAGACGAGCGGCACGAAGCGCAUGGUAGCCAUGGUUGCCGCGUGGGACGCCAUCGCCUCGCGCCUCCCGCCCUCCGCUGACGGCGGAGCGGGAGCACCAGGAAGCGCAGCGGGAGGUGGCGGCGUGCAGACGGUCCUGGCGGCGCUGAGGCUCGCGCUGAUGGCGCAGCAGCAGCAGGAAGAGCGAGGAAGGGGCAAGGCCGGGCAGGUGUGGCGGCGCGAGACGGUUCGGGUGGCGAAUGAGGAGAGCGGGUCAGGGGGGGACGGCAGAGACGCGUUCACACGAGGCGUGGCUGUUGCUGCCAUACUCGCUGACUUGCGAAUGGAGCCGGAUGUGAUUGCAGCGGGGUUGUUGUCCGACCCAGUGCAGCGCGGCCACGUCACCUUGCCGCUCGUGCACGCGCACGUGUCCCCCGCCGUGGCGCGCCUGCUGCAUGACUGCGCGCGCCUGCACCGCCUGCCCAAGCGCGUGCGCGCGCUGGACGACGACACCGCCGCCGCCGCGCGCCAGUUCGCGCUCGCCUUCCACGACCCGCGCGCCGUCGUGCUGCAGAUCGCCGCAAAGCUCGACGCCAUGCAGCACCUCUCCGCGCCGCUUGCGCCACCCUCCCCGCCCCUCUCCCCCUCCGCCUCGACCUCCCCCGCGCCUUCCCCUGCGCCCCCCCCAAAGGCGACCCCGCGUCAGCAGACGGAGGCCCUAGAGGCGAUCCAGGUGUGGGCCCCACUCGCGCACACGCUCGGCAUCGGCGCGCUGACGUGGCAGAUGGAGGACGCUGCGCUCCGCCACCUGUUCCCGCGGUCAUACAUGUCCAUCCAGGCGUGGGUGGCGGCGCAGUGGCCGGGCGGCGGGGAGAGGCUGGUGGGGGAGGUGCGGAGGCGGGUGGAGGAGGUGUUGGCGGGGGACGCGCAGCUGCGGGGCGCGGUGGGCGGGUGGGUGGUGAGCGGGCGCGUGAAGAGCAUGUGGAGCGUGAUGAAGAAAGUGCUCCGCGACGGCCGCCCCCGCACUCGCGUCAACGACCUCUUCGGCCUCCGCAUCGUGAUCUCCCCCCGCGCGCGCGCUGGUGGCGUGGAAGGGGAGAACGCGAGGGAGGCGGGCGGGGCGAGGGGAGCUGCGGGGGAAGGGAGUCCGCUGGGGGAGGGGGAGGCGGCGGAGGCGUGUUACCGGGUGCGGGAGCUGCUGUUGCAAGAGUGGCGGGAGGACGCGGCGCGCAUGAAGGAUUACAUCGCGCGCCCCAAGGGCAACGGCUACCAGAGCCUGCACAUGGCGCUCAAACUGCCCUUCAGAGGCGCGCUCGCAGAGGAGGAAGCCGAGGCGCGCAGAGGGGAGGAAGGGGAGGGGGGAGGCGAGGGGGAGGAGCGGGUGGUGGAGGUGCAGAUCCGCACAGCGCGCAUGGAGGAGGAGGCGGUGAGGGGCGGGGCGGCGCACGGGCUGUACAAGGGCGGGAGUAGAGUGAGCCAGGACCAGGUCCGAUCCUUUUACACUGCAAUGGUCUUCCAAAGUGCCUGCCUGUGCUCUCCUCCCCUCACCCUUCACCCAUCCAAACUCCUCUCGUUCGUCCUGUCGUUCCUUCGUCUCAGUCUACCCUCCCAUUCCCCCCCUCGCCCCCCUUCCCCGCUCCUUCCCCGGCUCCCUCACGCUCUCUCCCCCCUUCCCCUGCGCGGAGCGCAGAUGCAGCAGCUGAAGGGGGUGAUGGAGCUGCUGGCGGCGGCAGCGGCGGGCAGCAGGGCGGACCUCGGUCUGGGCCCGCGCUUCCCCAUGGCGCAGCUCGCGCAGGGCGCCGCCCUUGACGCUGACGUGGCCGCUGACGUGUCUGACGCCGUUGCUGCGGCGGCGGGGGUAGGCAGAGAGCGGCCGAGCUGGAGCAGGGGAGGCGAGAGUGAGGAGGUCGGGAGAUCGGAGUGGGAUGCAGUGCGGUUGAGAGAGCUGGAAGGGAGGCAGGGCGACGGGGAACUAGAGCAGGGGAGUAAAGGGCAGGAGAGUACUGGAAAGGCGAAUCAGGACACGGAGGUUAAGCAGGGGGGCGGGAAGGGGCAGGAGGAGGACGAGAAAAAGGAAGCGGAAGAGAACAAGGAGAACGAGGAGGAGGAGGAGGAGGAGGAGGACCAUGACCAUUUCUUUGCAAUGCUGGAUCUGAACGGCGACGGGGUGAUCAGUGUGGAGGAGAUGAGCCAGUUCAUGCAGCAGCUGGGCGCGGGGGACGACAUCAGUCAGCUCUCCGGCAUGGCAAGUCCUGCAGGGGGGGAUGGCGAGGGCGGGGCGGGCGGGCGGGAGGCGGCGGAGGAGCUAGUGGCGCUGCUGGACGCGAACAUGGAUGGCAGCAUCUGCGCCAAGGAGUUCGCUGCGUUCAGACGCCAGGUGCGUGCACUGCACAGCCUAAGGGAGGCUGACCGCCAGUCCCAGGAGCAAACGUCACAAGCGCUCCUAUCCAAGCCAUUCGCCCCCGCCCGCACCACUGCGGCGCUCGACAGCAGCAGCAGCAGCAGCAGCACUACUGGCAGGGACGGGCGUGGCAGGGAUGGGUGGGAUAGCCGUGCGAUGGGGGUGACAGGGGAGCGGUUUGAGGGAGGAGGGGGCGGAGGGUGGGGUGAGGGCAGUGACGAGGAGAGAGAGGAUGUUGAAGGCAGGAGCAAUAGCAGUGGCAGCAGUCCGGUCGAUGGUGCUAGCAAGGCAGGUGCUGAGGGCAAUAUUUCAGAUUCCCCUGACUCCCCCGAGUCCCCCGCGACUCCCCCGUCUUCAUGGGAUGACAGUGUGGACUCUGAUUGGGAGGUCGUUGUUCCCUCCCGCAGCCCCUCCCCCUCCCCCCCCGCCUCCCCCACCGCCCAGUACUUUGACUCGUUCCAAGCGCCCUGGCCCGAGGGGAACGCGGACGGCGCGGGGGAGGAAGAGGUGCUUGGGGGGGACAGGAGAGGCGCGGGCAAGCAGGGGAAUUUGGUGAGGCUGAGCCUUGUGCGCCCAGAUGGGGCUGGUCGAGGGGGGACGGCAGGGGGGCAGCAGCAGAGGGGCGCGGAGAGGGGAGGGGACGGCAGCAGGGGAAGGCAGGGGGGGGUUGGGCAGGCGAGGGGUAGGGCUAGGUUGCAAGGGAGGCAGGUGCGAGUGCAAGGGGGAGUGAUGAAGAGCACGUGGGGAGAGGGAGGGGGUGUGGGGAAGGUUGGGCGCGUGCGGAUGGUGCAAGUGACCCGGUGGGGACAGAGGGACGCAGGAGAGUGGUUGCGGUGGGGGACCGGGAAACAAGCGGGCGGGUGGGAGGGGGAGUGGGAGAGGGAGGGAGAGGGAAAAGGACCAGGAGCGUUGGAGGAAGGGGAGGGGGAGGAGGAGAUGGCAGCGGUGGAGGGGGUGUUGAAGGUGGUGAGGCGGCACAUGGCGAGCAGGUCCGGGGCAGGGCUCACAGCAGCCCGGAAUAUGAUGGACGAGAGCGACAGUACUGCUUCUCCCCUCUCUCCUCCGUCGUCCCUCUCCUCCCACUCGUCUUCCUCUCAUUGUCACUCACACCCUCCGCCUCUCCCCGCUUGCGCCAUGUUUCCCCUCUGUCGUUCCCCCUGUGGGCAGCUGUUGGCGUGCCAUCCCAGCAACGCCAACGUGCUUGUGCACAUGGCUCAGCUCGAGAGACAUGCAGGCAACACGGGGGCGGCGAGGCAGUGGUACGAGCGCAGUGCGCACUGCUUUGAAGCGAGGGGGCACCUGGGGAGGCAGUACGUGCGCGCGCUGCAGGCGUGGGGCAUGCUGGAGGCCCUGGAUGGCCGCAUUGCUGCCAGCCGCCGCCUCUUUGAGCACUCGCUGCAAGUCGCCUGGAAGGCGGAGAGGCGGUCAGGGCAGCAGCAGGUGGGGGCGGUGGUGGUGGGGCUGCACGCAUGGGCCAUGGUGGAGCGGCGAGUGGGCAACUUCACAGCAGCGCGCCACCUGCUGCAGCGCGCCGAGCGCGUGGAGCCAGGCAACGCCGUGGUGCUGCAGGCACGUGCUCUGCUGGAGGCGGCUGUGGGGCACCUCUCUGCUGCAAGGCACUUCUUCAAACGCGCUGCUGCUGCUGACCCUGCCGAUGCUGCCUGCUGGCAGUGCUCCGACUCUCCUCCAUCGCUCGUUCACUUUUCUUUCCUUCUCAGUGCCUUCAGCUUUUCUGUAUCCGUUUACCACUGCCCUGCUGUGAACAUGUUUGGUGGGGCGGGGGGUGUGGUGUGGCAGGCAUGGGCGGUGACAGAGGCGCGGGCAGGGCGUGUGGAUCGCAUGAGAGACCUCUUCACUGCUGCUCUCUCCGUGCACCCCUCCUCACUGCCCACACUGCACGCAUGGGCAUGUGAGGAGGCUCGGUUAGGGUCGGCCCAACCCCAGUCAUUGCAGCGAGCGCGAGACCUCUUCACACGCUGCCUCAACGUUGACCCGGAAUGCUCAUACGCACUGCAGUCAUGGGCAGUGAUGGAACAGAGGGCGGGCAAUGUGGCGCAGGCGCGCACGCUCUUUGACCGCUGCCUGCAGAUAGCACCCUCCUCCGUGCCCGCACUCCAGGCAUAUGCAGUGAUGGAGCGGAAGCAGGGCAAUGCUCUCAAGGCCCGUGCACUGCUGGCGCUCGCCCUCUCACUGCAGCCCAACAAUGCUGCUGUGCUGCAGGUGGCAGCGGAGUUGGAGCAGCAGCUGGGCAAUGAGGCAGCAGCACAGGCGCUGUACGUGCGCACCAACCGUGCGGACCGCAGCGCAGCCAGGAGGCGGCGGCGCAUGUUCGAGUCGUACCGGGACAUGCGGCGGGAGGUGCAGGGCGCAGAGGAGGCACGCGAGUGGAUGCUCAAGAGGCAGGCCAAGCGCCUGCGGCGCAAGCUGCGGCAGAAGCAGCAGCGCAAGCAGGAGCAGCAGCAGCAGCAGCAGAGUGAGCAGCAUGCAGUGGUACUGGAGCAGGCAGGGGAUGGAGGGGAUGCAGAAAGCAGCCAUGAACAAUGGAGGUGA